CUGAAGUAACUACGAUAUUUCAUAGUCUAAGUAGUUAGGCGUGUGUUAACUUCGUAACAACGUCUAGGCCUGCUUAUUAUAGUCAGCAUGUCGUAUUAUCAAAAUAACAAUAGCACCAAAGUGGAAAUUGUGGAACGUGUGGUAACUAUGAAAUUACGAAACUCAAAGAAGUAAAUAAUUAACAAACCAAGACGGAAGAAUAGAGGAAGAUCAUCAAUCAGAAUUACAGUAUUUUCAGGGAAUUAGGACAGCGUCCGUACGGUAAUCGACCGAAUUUCAGCGGCUUUGUCGAGGUAUCGGCGAGCAUAAGAGCAAAGGGUUCACACUUUUUGGAAUUAAAACUUGCACUUACAGAGGCGGCUAACAGAAUGGACAAAGAUAUAGCAGCUAAAGUAACAAGUAAAGCUAUGGGAUGUAGGCCUACGGAUUGUGGAUCCGAUGAUGCCAAAAGGCCCGAGAACACGGUUUUAACAGAACCCAGUGUUAAUGAGCUUAAAUUAGGUAUAUAUGCAACAGAGGCUAGAGAACAUGAAGACCAUAGAAAAAAUUCUCUAUCAAGAAUUAUAGUUCGGCUAAUGAUGAAUCGCAAGUAUAGAAUAAUUGUACUUCUUAUUUUCUUAUUCAUGUACCUUUUUCUUGGUGCCUACAUAUUCUCAACAAUAGAAUCAAGCAACGAAAAGGAGCAAAAAUCGGAAUUGUUGCAGACGAUUAGACAGUUUAUCAAUGAUUCUAACAUUAACAAUACUGUUUUGCAAAUUUUACUGAAGCAAGUUAACGAUCUAUAUAAGAAAGGUUACUCAUUAGAUUCAGAGGAAAGCAUAUGGGAUUUACCAAAUUCAUUUUUCUUCUCAACAACUGUUGUAACCACUAUCGGAUAUGGUCACAUGUCACCUAGUACACCUGUUGGCCGAACAGCCUGCAUUGUUUUUGCUUUGUUUGGAAUACCUCUAAAUGCAUGGCUUUUAAGCGAAAUAAGCGAAGCUUUCAAGAAAUAUUUUCGUAGGUUGGCGGCAACAUGUAGCGAAUACCUACAGAAUAUUGGCAUAACAUCUGUGAAAAUUAGAAAAUAUUUCUCUUGGAGCAUGCUUGCUUCUGCUGUGUACACAUUAAUUGUCAUAAUACCUGCAAUUAUCUUUUGGCAUAUUGAAAGCGACUGGAAUUUUGAGAACGCACAUUACUACUGUUUUAUUUCACUGAGUACGAUCGGUUUCGGAGAUUUUGUUGCAACAAAUGGGACCACGAAAAGUUUUCGUUGGAUUUACAAAAUCCUAACGUCAUUUUACCUUACAACUGGUCUUGCAUUCCUUGCUGUUUUAUUCAAUGCGAUUCAAGUUAGAGAACAAAAGAGGGCACAAUCAAUAUUUAGCCCUUUGGCGAUGCGUAGAUAUAGUAAAGAUGUGGAAACCCGUGCCAAAAAGGAAGAUGUCUUCUUCCCACCGAUAUUAGACAACAUUGAUCCUGAAAAAUACGAGAAAAACAGUAGACAAGAGACAGAUAUUCCUUCAACAAAUACAGAACCUCUCACGGUUUUUCAACACGAAUCAAGUAUUUGAAUGAUAUAGGCCUAUAGCUUACACAUUAGAUAAUCGAACAUUCCUAUAUCGAUUGCGACACAAUUUGAACUCUCAUAGACAAACUAUCCGGCUUACAGUAAGAGAAUAACUUAAAUGGUAAUUUACAUUAAACUACAGAUUCGAAUAUA